CCACACCGCAUCUGUACUCUUUCGAUGUACUGAUUCUUUACUUUCCCCCUCUUUCUAAAAUGGAUGGUGGUAAGUCGUACAACUUCGGAGUGGAGAUUAGAAGUAAGACUUCUUCCAUACCUUCCCAGGGAGUGCCGUUGCCGAUAGAGUAUGGAGUCAAGAAUUCCGAAUGCGGUGCCGAUCCAAUAGAAAGUAGUGAGUUGGAAGCUGCUGAAGUGUUAGCGUGUUUAGCGGAUUCAGUGGGGCAUAAGAACGAGAAUCUUGACUCUAAAUCGAACUGGAAUAUUGUAAUACCAACUAUGCCAGAGUUUUUGGAUCUCGCUACGUAUAGAGCAGAAGUUGUUCGUCAACCGUGUGAAAAGAUAUAUACAUGUGGCAACAAUUCAACACAGAUUUUGACCCAGACUGAAAAAGAAGAACGGAGAAUGCGCAGGGUGUUAGCUAACAGAGAGUCCGCUAGACAGACCAUUCGUCGUAAACAGGUUCUCUACGAGGAGUUGAGCAAAAAAGCUGUUGAUUUAGCCCGUGAGAAUGAGAAUUUGAAGAGGAAGAGGGAGACGAUCAUGAAAGACUUUGAUUCUUUGAAGAGCACUAACGAAUGCUUGAAGGCACAGAUAGCUAUGAAAAUGAAGACGGAAUUAGAGGAAACUCCAAAAGAAUCAAAUUCUACACAUGACAAUUCUAAGCACGAUGAUAUAUCUACAAGUUCAUCAACAAAUGCUCCAUUUCUCACAAAUAACCAAUCCGCAUUUAUGCCAGUCCUCUGGCCUUCCAUCGUUCAAUCUCAGGAUCAUCCUCCUCAAAACGUCAUUCCCAUUCCAUCAAUGCCUGAUUCAUUCCAUGAACAAGAACAUCCUUCAAGGAUUAAUGGCUCUGGAACUCUCUUAUAUAUGUUCCCAUAUCCAUGGUUUUUUCCUCUUCCAAAUAACGGGAAUAGAGUUCAUCCUCAAUCUUGGAACGGGAAUAGAGUCUAUCCUCAAUUCUCGAAUAUUAUUGAUAGACACAAAGAAAUUUCAAUGAAUAACCAACCUACUGCUAGUGAAGUUUCUAGUUUAUUACAUGGGAGACCCACUAAUUGUCUUCCAGCGACCCAUCCCUGCCGUAGAGGGGUGUUCUUCAUGUCUCCACCCGUAAAUUCUGUAAGGCCUACUGUAGCUGUGUUGCCUAAGAAUGACCAACAACCAGAUUACACCCCUCGCUUAAACGCUCUUUUAUCCAUGGAUGGUCGUAAUGUAAAUGCUUUGCCAGAAAAGGAUGGGGAGCCAGUCAACUCGCGUAUUAAAAAGCUACUGGAUUCAACAAUAUCGGCUGAGGCUAGGAAGAGGAGGAAGCACCUUACGAAGUUAAAGAAUCGCCCACAUUGAGAAGAUCAUUACAAGGAGGGCGGAGGAGGAGGAGUAAAGUUACGAAGCUAAAGAAUCGUCUCGGUCCUCACUUUCUUAAGCGUAUGCAAGGUUUAGCUUUUACAAAGAACUAUUUCAUUUCUGGUUAGAUUGUUGCUAUUUCAUUUCUGAUUAACCUGUUUCUGUUAUUAAAUUUCAUACUGUUAUCUGUAAUCGGUCAGUGAAAUUUUAGUGACAUGUAUAUAUGUCACUGUCUUCACUGUCGAACUAUUUCAUUUCUGAUUAGACUGUUUCUAGUGUUGUUCGUUGAGAUUUCAAUUGCAUGUAAUAUAUA